GUUGGGGUAUAUAAUAAGGCCGUUAGCUAGGAUAAAGCACAUACCAGCUAAGGUACUUCAGCAGUCAACAUGAACUCAAAGGUCAUUCUCGUCUUCUUGGGCCUGGCUGCCAUGGUAGCAGCUGACAGCAGGGAAUCCUUCGAAUAUGCUCCACGAAGGGGAUCCUCCGAGGAGUCCUACGAAUCCAGCGAAGCUAAAUACAGCUUCAACUGGGCCGUCGACCACGACCCUUCCAGCAACGAAUUCGGACACCAGGAAACCCGUGAUGGAGACGACACUCAGGGAUCCUACUACGUCGAGCUCCCCGACGGUCGUCUGCAGACUGUUAAGUAUUUCGUCGACGGAGACUCAGGCUAUGUAGCUGAGGUCAACUACGAAGGAAGCGCCUCAGCCGAGUCAGGCUCCGCUGAGUCCUUCGAGAGGCCCAGAUACCGCUACGACUCCAACGAGUCCAAAUAGAUUAUUUGGUCUUAGAGAUGGGAUGAUAUUUAAGUAAUGUAUUCAGAUUAUUUAUUUCAAAAUACACUAGUCGCAUGUUA